AGGAGUCUCCCUAGGUUACUGACUUGUGGUAUGAAGUGGAUUUUCCAGUUUUAAUGAGACUACAAGCUCCGGCCCUGCCCUUUCUCUCGGGGGUAUAAAGCAUCCUUCGUCGUCUUGAAAUUUUUUUUUGUAUUGAGCAACUCCUCACCGCAGCAAACAUGGCAUUUGUACCGGCUCCAGGCUACCAACCCGCCUACAACCCCCCCAUCCCAUUUACCUCUAUAAUUGCUGGUGGCCUGCGCCCCGGGAUGAUUGUGUGUGUUCAGGCCACGCUCCCUAGUAAAUAUAACAGGUUUGCUGUCAACUUGGCUGCUGGACAGGAUGAGCCUUCAGACAUUGGCUUCCACAUGAGCGCUCGAUAUGAUGGCCGUGACCGCGUCGUCUUCAACUCAAAACAAGGUGAUGUUUGGGGAGAAGAGGAAAUUAAGCGAGACAUGCCUUUCAAAUCUGGGAAAGUCUUCUUCAUCAUGAUCGAGGUGACUCGCAACAACUAUCAGGUGUUUGCUAAUGGUGAGUCUUUCUACGAGUUUGGAUACAAAAUUCCUCUGGAGAGAGUGAACUGGCUGCGAGUGUCUGGAGAUAUCACCGUCCAAGAGCUGAGCAUUGUGGGCAGUGGACCUGGUGUAAAGGGCAGUCUCGUGUUGUCGGCUGCACAGUCCAAUCUCGUGCCUAUGAUGGGACCUCCUAUUGCAAAUCCAGCAGUUCCAUUCUCAACAUUCAUCAGAGGUGGGAUGAUCCCAAAACGCACUGUGGUGGUGAAGGCAAUGGUAAAAUCUAAAGCCAAAAGCUUAAUCAUUAAUCUUAAAUCUGGUUUUAACAACGACAUCGCUUUGCACUUGAACCCUCGUCUUAACAAGAAGACCGUGGUCAGGAACAGCUUUGUAAAUGGAGCCUGGGGACAGGAAGAGCUCGAACUGCCGAAAAAUCCCUUCAAAGAAGGAGAAUUCGUUGAUAUUUCUAUCCGCAGUGGAGAAAAGCAAUUUAAAGUCUUUGUGAAUGGCUGGCACUGCUUCGACUACGCUCAUCGGCUCUGGAAUUUGCAGCAAGUAGACAAGUUGGAAGUGGAAGGAGAUGUUAAAAUAAUUUAUAUCUAUAUCUAAGUCUUUUCUCGGUCUCUGCCCAUCACCUAUAUCUUCAUAUGAAUGAUUAAUGUGGGCACAAAAAAUAAAAGAAUCACUUUACCUUUU